ACUACGAAUCACUGGGAGCAGUGAGAAGCGCACAGAACCCCGCAAACAGCCCAUACAGUUUCCUCGAGGAGCACACGAUCGCUCGACUACACAUCUCGUUCUAGCUACGUUCGUAUCGAUUAGCUGCCCGAGCCCGUGCGAGAUUGCGCUCCCCUGCACUCCCGCUGCUUGCCACCCUUCUUCGGACCGCGCCGAUAAGUCCGCAUCUUCAAGUCUCGAGGCCUCGAUGCAAUUCCCCUCGUAGCCGGCGCUCGAUUAUGUCCAGGAGGGCGAAGCUUCAGGUACCUCGGCACGUCGUGUGCACACGCGCACAACCCAUACGAUAACACUGUACACGGUCAAUGGCCCCUAGUUGAGCGACCAUGGCUCUGCCCACGCUCCAGUUCCUGGCGGGGCUUCUGCUGCUGCUGUACCUGCUGUCUUUCGUCCUCUUUGCCUUCAUACGCGUCGUUACAGGCGUCUCGAUCCAACGACUGGGCUACUCGGGUCUGCGGCGCAUCGCCUUCACGCCCAAGGAUGGCCUUCGCAUCGAGAUACGCGGACUCGGCUUUUCCCUCCACCGGCCCACCUUCGCCCAGCCGACAUGGGUCAGCAUCGUUCUGACCGAGCUCAAGGUUACCGUUGAUCUCAAGACGCUGGGAGAGAAGCCACGGAAGAAGACGGGAUGGACACAUUGGGCCAACGGGACGACACACAAGGGCAAGAGCGGGACGAACACACCGGAGCCAGUAGUUGAGGAGGAUGAGACGGGAGACGAGCAAACGCCGAGGAGCCAGACGUGGAAGCGGCUAACGGAUGCGAAAGAGAAGAUCAAGCACCUGCAUACGAAGAUCAACUGGAUUCGACUGGUAGACUUGGUGGCAUAUGGUACAUCGAUUGUCAUCGUCGAGGUAGGCUCUCUUCAGAUAGGCGGCUUGACUGUGGCAGUGGAUACUAGGCGCAAGACGGUAGACCGUAGUCGGUUGUUCAACCACCACAAGCCGAAGCCAGACCAGGAGCAGCGACCCGCCGAGUGGUGCCUUACCUCGCGUAGCAUUCUGUUCACGCCCGAGGGAAAAGAGUCGACCGAGGUGCUCGAUCACUGUACUCUCAACGUCCAUGGCUUCCUCAAGAAAGAGCUCGAAGGCUUACGCGAUGCUUCCAUCGCCCUGAAGCUUGGUCGUCUUAGUAUUCCCUACGACGAUAUCACACUGUGUAUGGAGCGUGCCCAAAAGUGCCGGGCAACCCUCCCCCAGAAACCCGCCACUGCCAGUUACUCAGACGUGUCACUCGCCGAUGUCAUCGAGGAGCUCAAUCACCCGAGCAGUCACGAAGAGAGCAUUGUCCGCACUGUGUCUGAUUCGCGGGAAUUUGCCAGUUCUAUCCUACGUGGUAUUCUCGAGUUUCAGUUCGCUGUUAGUUUCUUCGGUAUGACCAAAAAGAUUCAAACGGACCAUGACUCGGACUCUUCAGUCUUUCUAAAUGUCUCAAUGAAGGAAGUCGGCAUGGACUUGCUUCGACUAGACCCACGUAGCCCUGCCCACUUGAUGUAUUUCUCACCCAAAGACAUUGCUCACCAGGCUCUCCUUGCUGCUAUAUCAGUAUCUUUCGGCAUCGAUGAUGGCCACGGCCAUCCUGAGCGUCUUCUCUACAUUCCUAUGGCAACAACUACGCUGAAUACAACCCUUCCUUCGAAGACUAUCCAGUUUUACAAAGACGAAGAUAGCGCAGAGCGCAAUACCAACAUUCUUUUCGCUAAUUUCGUCAUCACCUCCCCAUCUGUAGAUCUCGACCCGAAACAUUUACCAUUACUCCUGGCCAUGUCUCGAAAUUACGAAUCUCGUCGCAAGCCACCAAAAUCCCGGCAUCGCAAGCGUUUCCUUCUACGUCGACUUUUACCAAAGGCAAACAUAAAGAUCUCAAUCCACGAACCUGUCAUUCGCGUGACACUUCCUCCAAUGGACCCUAAAUUGCAGGAUACCGAUGAGUUCGAUCUUCUCAUAUCGGCUUCCUCAUCCGUAUCCCUGGACGUGGAGUCAUCGCAUUCUGCGGAUGGUGAGCUUCAUUAUGCCCUGAAUUCCACUUUUCGCAUGAAUGCACAGCAGCUUUACUACCAAACUGCCGCCAUUGAGAAGCACAAUCUACUUCUCACCGAUUACCUUGAGUUCAAGGUACAAAUGAGCGCAUCUCCAGACGCCGUAGUCGAGGUACGAGGAAUGGCACAGACCUUCUCCAUCUAUCUCAUUCGACCAGAGAUCAGCGAGGGGCUUCGGCAGAUUUUUAUGCAAAUUCAGAAGGAUAUGGGUCCACGGCGCAGCAUGCGAACGAAGAAGGAAUUGAAACUACUCCGGAAGCUGCCUCCAUGGCUCGCUUACAUUCAUCUCCAAGGCUCAGACUUCAACGUGGAAGUUGCCGGCUUCGACCCAGCCGUAUCAAAGCAUAGUCGCGGCGUGGCUCUGCAUCUGGAGUCUUGGACCGCGGAGUACAAGCAAAGCCGGGAUGACGAAAACGAGAUGAAACCUAUAAGACGGCGAGCACCAAGCAGAACGAUCAACCGAGAUGAACACCUGCUUCGCCCCUCAACACCUUCGUCACCAAAAUCUCCUAGGGCGCCGCAAGGCAACCCGACCGACGGGAGACGUCUUGCUCUACAUUUCUAUGGACUAGAAGGUCUCGUUAUCGAGGAGAACGAUCAAUCGGAACAGGAACCAACGCUAUCGCUCCCCCGUAUGGAGGUUGCUCUCAGUACCUUAUCAGACAAACAAGGCCCAAUUUUCCAUAUCCACUCUUUUAGCCAGAGUUUGUUUCUACGUUACUCGCUCUAUCGCCAUUUCGCACUAGGCAUGGCGGUGCAAGUUAUAAAGCGUUCCUUCGAUUGGCGUACUGGACAUGCCAAGCCAGCGCAGUCAACUCCACUCAAUUCAUCUCGCCAUCUUGCUAUACCGUCCCUCGAUGACAACUUCAUCGACCCUACAAAUGGACUGAAGCGCGAAAUAGUUACAGUUGACGUCAGAGCUCAGUUCGUCCAAAUCAAAGCAGAUAUGCCUGCUGAUCCACCUCUCAUGCUUCAGAUCUACGGACUGGAAGCAGGUCGGCACCGGUGGACCAACCCGUUCCUCAGAUCACGUUUGGUGAGACUUUACGCUGAGAAUCCCAACGUCAAGCGUGUUUGGAGCAGGCUUGUAAGUGUCAAGUCUCUACGAAUGGACUAUAGACAGUCAAAGCGGAGGUACGGACAUACAAUCACGGACGAGCGAUCUUUCGACAUUGCAACAGACGCGAUACGAAUUGCUGUCCCUCAUCAAUUGGUCAUGCACAAAAUCUUUGACAACAUCGCCAACCUCACGAAGACGCUGAAGCAAGUGCAUCACCGUUUCAAUACUGGGACUGAUGAGUAUAUCCUGGACAAAGAACCAGAAGGUCCGAAGCUUGUACCAAAGAUCUCUUUACGAAGUCGAGCCGUGUUGUUCGAGCUGGAAGACAGCUCCUUCGAAUGGAAACUAGGAACAAUCUACCGCAUCGGAUUGAUGGAGCAGAAGCAAAGACUCGCACGCGAGCAUGCUUUCGAUCUAAAAGUGAAGAAGAUGCAACAGCAAGAUGAACAGCGCGGCAACUCACGCUAUCGGGCUAGGUCUGCUAAUGAUGCUCGCGGACGGGGCAAGGCUAAGAAGCGGGAGAAAGAACGCAGGUUUCAUCGUCGUAGUAAGAGCGAAGACUCUAGCGAUCGAGACUCGCCAAACCGAGGUCGCUCAGAUCAUCCUAUGCGGUACAACAAGGAUGGGUUUAGCGGUCUCAGCGGGUCUUGCCAGACUUCUGUCGAAGAAGCUCGCGAGAAGCUAAAUCGACUGAACGCACAGACUUGGAAGAAGCGCAUCGACUUUGCAAUGACUACCCAAAACCGCUCCAUGAACGAUAUCCGCUCUAUGUUCUGGGGAUUAGACGAACUACCAGAUGACAUCGAACAGAAGGAAACCAUUCUCGCCAUUCCUCAACGUCCAGCGCUCAUGGCGCUUACUGUCAGCGAUCUGGACAUCGUCAUUGAUAAGCCCUCCUUUCCUAUAUCGGAAUACCCCCGGUUUCUGCACCGUGUUGGAAAGGGUAUACCGCUUGACACGCAAUAUGCUCUUUUAAUACCGAUGAACGUCCAAAUACAUAUGGGAGAGGCGAAAAUACACCUGAGGGACUACCCACUGCCACUAUUACAUUUUCCAGCGAUAGGUACUAUGCAGUCAUCGCGAUUGCCAAGCGUGUCUAUGAAGACCGACUUCGUUAUUGCAGAAGAGUUUAGAAAUAUCGAAUCUUCGCGGGUGAGCAGGGUCGUCGUCGUGCCCCAGGAGCGCACGGAAUCAGGAGAACUUACAGGUGGCUUUGCGGUUGAUGUUCGCCGAACUGUAGCACCUGUCAAGACCUAUUCCGAUAUGGCAAUCGACAUCAACUCAGCAUAUCCCACUCGGAUCACAUGGGGUACCUCAUACCAGCCGGCCAUACAGGACAUGAUGCAGAUUAUUGAGAAUUUCACAAAGCCUGCGAUAGAUCCGUCGGAGAGGGUGGGAUUUUGGGACAAGAUACGAUUGACCUUCCAUUCCCGCAUCAAUAUAUCUUGGAAGGGCGACGGCGAUGUCCACCUCAUUCUCAAGGGCUCGCGAGAUCCAUAUAUGGUCACCGGCCACGGUGCAGGAUUCGUCAUGUGCUGGCAGAACGACGUUCAGCUUAGUCUUGCCGAGGAUGAAGAUCCUAGGAAUUUCAUGGUUGUCAAAAGCGGAAGCUAUGUCCUAGCUAUUCCAGACCUAAGUCACUAUGCCCGCCAUGAAGCCGAAGUAGAAUCGACUUCCCGCCCAGAGACCGCUUCUAGCACGUCUAGCCGCAAGCAACUCGCCGUGUUCAAGAAAACGGUAAUGAAGUUGAAUGGCAAUGUAAGGUGGGUCGUAGGUCUCGUCUUCGAGCGUAACCUCGACGACGGUGGCCGCUCCUUCAACUUCAUUCCUCACUACAAUGUUACCCUCAGGAAUCCAAAGUAUGCUAAGCCGUCUAAUGGAAAGGAUUACGAUGCAUUCCGAGGCUUCCGUAGUCAUCACAUACACAUGUCCAUUGCUAUCGCUGCUCCUUAUGACCGAGAGUGGUCUGUUGCUAACCUGGAGCCAUCUAAGACAUAUAACAGCGUCCAUCUCACCCCUCGAUUUUUCACACACUUCUAUAGCUGGUGGUCCAUGUUCUCCGGUGCUAUGUCUUUACCUAUACGACAAGGCAAGCUGUGGCCUGGAGUGGAAAAAUCCAGUAAGAAGUUUGGACGACAUCUGGCGACCAUCAAGUACAACAUCUUGCUCUCGCCACUGUACAUGAGCCACAUCUACAAGCACAAAGAUGCCGAGGACUAUGGUGCCGGUGUGCUGUCCGCUACUGGGCUCAAAGCACGUCUCGACAGCUUCAUGUUCGAUCUUCAUCAGAGGCGCGAAGAGUUUCGAACCUUGGUGCAAGCACCGAAGACCCAAGAAGACAGCAAGCAGAAUCAGACUACUGGCAUGCGUAUCAAUCAAGUGCAAUUAGAUCUAAUUAGAACAGACGUUCGGGCUGUAUCUGCAAGUAUCGCAGGAACGGACUCUGAAGAUGUCGAUACUGCGACAGCCGAAGAUGUCGCGAGCUUCAACCAGGAGUACCUUACCGCCGACCUAUCAAAGUUCACGAUACCAGACAAUGAUUGGGGUUGGGUCGAUAUGGAUGACUUCAUUGAGCUCGGCUGGGUGCUGCCCUCCGGACGCCAUCCCGAGACACAAAUCCUACCAUUAGCGUUCGCGCCGCGUUUUACCUAUUUCCGUCAAACCGAUCACGCAAACAAUAUCUCAGGAGACAAAUACCGGACCAGUGCUUUCGGAAAUGAGGCGACUCAUCACUGUGUCAUGUCGCAACGCAAUGAUCCACGACGAGUUCAGUGUCACCUGAUCGAACAGCGAAUAGAGCGCGUUAAAGAGCAGGUGGCGCAUAAUCAGCGCGCAGUUGGCGACGCAGAAUUGAAGGUUGUGCGCGAACCUGAGAGCACAGAAGAGUUGCAGCGCCGCGUAGACACUCUAAAAAGUCAUGCUCAGUUUCUACAGCGAAAACUGGAGUUCCUGUCUUCCAUGCACACAAGUCUGUUAGAGCGACUAGAAUCCAACCAACGCAGUGCCGUUCCGGACACCGGUGAGACAGAUGGAGAAGAUGAAUAUUUUGAGGCACGCGAAGAGUACGAUUCACCAGAUCCUGACACCAAGGGCAUGGACUCGGCACCUAUUGUUGAUUACAUCAGCGACUUCAACAACCGGUUUAUCAUUCACAAUAUCCACUUGAAAUGGAGCAACUCAUUGCGAAACAUCAUACUCCGCUACAUACACCAAGUCAGUCAGCGUCGAGGCUUCAUCUACUACAUGUCUCGAAAGGCAGUCAAAUUCAUCCUCGAUGUUGUUGAAGAGCAGAACAAGUCACGCGGACCCUCUACCUCUGAUCCAGACGCUACGCCUUUAGCUGGAGAUAAUGAAGCCGGCAUAAACAUUGAUGAAACUGUUCAACAGCUGCUUCAAGAUGGCAGAAAGUUCGUCAAUGCAGAUGAUUCGGAUGACAGAGCUCGCGCUAGCGUCGACCCAUCACAGGCGAAUCAAACCAAUGCCGAAGAUGAUGUUGCAGCGGACUACGUCCCUCAAAAUGCAUACAUCGUGCGCCUCAUCGCGCCGCAAAUCCAGCUACAAAGCGAACGAAACACAAAGGCCGCCGUUCUUGUUACAGCGAAAGGAAUGCAGCUUAAAGUUCUCCAAAUCAUGGACAGAGACCGGGUGAUGGACGAGGUCUCAGGCCUAGUUCAACGACGCUUUACAGCUGCUAUGGACAGCUUACAAAUCUUUGUCACGAAUGCGAAGACAUUUAGUAAUAUGGAUGACAUCCAUAUGUACUCUGGAAGCUCGUACGGAGCGCCAGUUGGAUCAGCUUGGCCGCCAUGGGUACCCUUCGAGGUGAUGUUUGAGUUCCACACAAAUCCUUACGGAUUCCAGCGAGUUGUUCAAAGAACUUCGGCUAGUAUGCGAUACGACAAGCACAACACUUUGCGUCUCAAGUACAACGACGACGUUUCCCGUGCCGACGCUACCUCAUCUGCGCAGGAUGUGGAGGAGAGCCGGAUCGAUCACCUUUGGGUCGACUUUCCUCACGUUCGAGCUCUUUGUGAUUCUAGACAAUACUAUGCGAUGUAUGUCAUCGUGCUAGACCUCCUACUUUACCACGAACCGCUGGAAAAAACGCGUAAUGAACGCCUUGAGAAAAUUAUGCUCGCUUCCGACUUCACCGACCUCGCCGGUGCUCCUGAUCUAGUCAUGGGUCUCCAAGAGCGCAUCCGUCAACUAGAAGAAAUCAAAACCGUGUUCCAGAUCAACGAGAAGUAUCUUGACAAGCAAGGAUGGGAAGACCGCGUGGAGGUUGAGAAAGACAUAGCUGUCUACGAGGAUGAGCUAUUCUUCGUCAUGAAGGCUAUCACCACCGCGCAGCGCAAGCAAGAUGACCGGGCACAAGCAAAGCAAUCGACUGGUCUACUACGAUGGUAUAUCUCUGCCUCGGAGAUCGUGUGGCACCUGCUCCGCGAGGGACAGGAGUCCCUGGCAGAGUUCCAAUUGAAGAACGUGCUGUUUGACCGCACCGACAACAAUGAUGGCUCGAAUUUCAACAUGUUGGAGAUCGAACAGGUCCGCGGCCUGAACCUGUUGCCCAAUGCGCUCUACCCCGAGAUGUUCUCGCCAUAUCUGGAGAACAACCGUACCUUGCCUGCAAAUGCCAAGUGUUUGAAGGUCCAGUUCGUUAUGCUUGAACCCAUUGCGGGUAUCCCGGUCAUGGAGCACUUCCAAGUCAAUCUGUACCCGCUCAAAGUGCAGUUAGAGUAUGAGAUUGGCAAGAAGCUGUUCGAGUACGUCUUUCCUGCCAUGAAGAACAAAGACCAGAAUGGCAACUUUUCGCCUUUCUUAAUCAACACCUUGCCGACCCAAGAUGAAGAGGAUGAGGACGAAGACAGUAUCAUCUCGGGCACUAUGAGCAGUGCCACUGCGUCCUUUUCGCAAGAGGAAGCCGCAGUCAAUGCUCUCAAACAACGACUCACGCCCACGUUACAGCUGCCCAAUCCGACGCAGAAGGCCGAAUCCAAAAGGAAGAGCCCGGAAAAGAGGCCAAGUGCUCACUAUUUCCGCCUCUUCCGCGAUAACCCAUCGCGCAGCGGAACAGAGCUUCGUAGGACUCUGCAUCCAAACUCUGCGCUAGCGGCUCAAAACAACUCGACUCCCUUACCGUCUAGGCCGGGUUCGGUUCGUUCGGGCUCAAAUACGUCAAGUGCAAUGGUGUCGAACGAGUCUGAACGAACAGCCAAACGGUUUACGCUCUACCGCACGGGUACGGGGUUGAGCGAGAAACGUGCAAGCAAAAAGGAGCCACGAAGCGAUGAUCUUACGCAAAUGAUGACCCGCGCGAGCAACUACAUGACGCUUGCGUAUGUCAAGAUCCCAUCCAUGGUGCUCUGCCUCUCAUACAAGGGCAAAGGCCAGCGUAACUUUGAAGAUGUGCACGACCUCGUCUUCAAGUUGCCAACACUCGAAUAUCGCAACAAAACGUGGUCAAACCUCGACCUCGCGCUCCAGCUCAAGAAAGACGUCAUGCGCGCCCUUAUCUCUCACGCUGGAGCGAUUGUCGGUAACAAAUUUUCCCACCACCGCCCAUCCAAAAAUACACAAUCGAGGCUUCGGCAGAUUGCAAAUAGCAGUGCCAUGCUCAACACCUCGCCCGAUCUCUCAGGUACAGACUCAAAUAGCAUGCGCGAUCACUCACCCGGAGGCUCCGACGCCUCAGAAGACCGCAUACCUCGGCGCAGCUUUACCUCGGGUCGCCAGGGCAGUAUGUUCAGUACAGUAUCUGAAGAGUCAUCUAUCCAAUCUAGCUCCAUCACCCCGUCCAACCGACCCGCUACCAGCUCCCGAUCCACGCACGGUAGCAUCAUGGGCGGCAAUUGGGCUCGCCUCGACAAAAACGGCCUUGGUAUUGCCGAUGAUGUGGAAGACGGACGCGCAUUUGCGGAUGAGCUGUCUAGAGUAGAUAAUACGGAACCGGUGCAUGCGAAUCUCAUCCAUAGCUUGAGCAAACAUUUGACAGGCGGAGGGCCUUUUGCGGGACAUAUUCGAGGAAGAGAUCGGGCGGCGAGUUUGGGGACCAGCAUGAGGGAGGGGAGUGUUGCAGGGGAUGAAGAGAGUGAUGGCCCGAAGAAGAAAGCAAGGGCUUUGGGCAAAAAGCUCCUAGGCCGCGGCAGUUGAACACUUGCAGUCUCAUAACCUUAUUUUUAAUGUCUUUGAUAUAAUCAUGCAUUUCUCGGCGCUCACUUAAGGGUAUCUUUCGUUUGUAUAUACUCGUCGCUUAACUUGGGUGUGGUGUUUGUUUUGUAGCAUAGCAUGGAGGUAUUUGUGGAGCGAGCUUAUGCGUUCUCGCUCGCUCUUGGCGUUACUAGGCUAAUAGAGUGAGAAUAUCUCGGGUGUUGCUACAGGAACGUCGAUACCAUUGAGAUAUCAACUUAAUAUCAUUCGCUCUCUUUACCGUUGCAACCUCCUCGGAGGUCUCGGCAUCUACCACAUUUGGCCUAUUGUAUUCGAAUAAGUACAGUAGACCUAAUUACCUUCGCAAG